AUGUGUACUAAAGGUUAUGAAGACAGUAUGGAGUUUCCUGACCACAGUAGACAUUUGCUACAGUGUCUGAGUGAGCAGAGACAUCAGGGUUUUCUUUGUGAUUGCACUGUUCUGGUAGGAGAUGCCCAGUUCCGAGCGCACAGAGCUGUACUGGCUUCAUGCAGCAUGUAUUUCCACCUCUUUUACAAGGACCAGCUGGACAAAAGGGACAUUGUUCAUCUGAACAGCGACAUUGUUACAGCCCCAGCUUUCGCUCUCCUGCUUGAAUUCAUGUACGAAGGAAAGCUCCAGUUCAAAGACUUGCCCAUUGAAGACGUGCUAGCAGCUGCCAGUUAUCUCCACAUGUAUGACAUUGUCAAAGUCUGCAAAAAGAAGCUGAAAGAGAAAGCAACCACAGAGGCAGACAGUACAAAAAAGGAGGAAGACGCCUCAAGUUGUUCAGACAAAGUGGAGAGCCUCUCCGACGGCAGCAGCCACAUGCCAGGAGACUUGCCCAGCGAUGAAGACGACGGAGAAGAUGAAAAAUUGAACAUCCUGCCUAGCAAAAGGGACUUGGCGGCUGAGCCUGGGAACAUGUGGAUGAGAUUGCCCUCAGACUCAGCAGGCAUUCCCCAGACUGGCGGAGAGGCAGAGACGCACACAGCAGCAGCUGGAAAAACAGUAGCCAGCCCCUGCAGCUCAACAGAGUCUUUGUCCCAGAGGUCUGUCACCUCCGUGAGGGAUUCAGCAGAUGUUGACUGCGUGCUGGACCUGUCUGUCAAGUCCAGCCUUUCAGGAGUUGAAAAUUUGAACAGUUCUUAUUUCUCUUCACAGGACAUGCUUAGAAACAGCCUGGUUCAGGUGAAGGUGGAGAAAGAGGCUUCCUGUGAUGAGAGUGAUGUUGGCACUAAUGACUAUGAUAUGGAACAUAGCACUGUGAAAGAAAGUGUGAGCACUAAUAACAGGGUACAGUACGAGCCGGCCCACCUGGCUCCGAUGAGGGAAGAUUCGGUCUUGAGGGAGCUAGAUAGAGAGGACAAGGCAAGCGAUGAUGAAAUGAUAACUCCAGAGAAUGAGAGAGUCCAGGUGGAAGGAAACAUGGACAGCAGCUUGCUCCCUUACGUGUCAAACAUACUUAGCCCCGCUGGCCAAAUUUUCAUGUGUCCUCUCUGCAACAAGGUCUUUCCUAGCCCCCACAUCCUGCAAAUUCAUUUAAGCACGCACUUUCGAGAGCAGGACGGGAUCCGCAGCAAGCCUGCUACCGAUGUCAAUGUCCCGACCUGCUCGUUGUGUGGUAAGACUUUUUCUUGCAUGUACACCUUGAAACGUCAUGAGAGGACUCAUUCAGGUGAAAAGCCCUACACUUGCACCCAGUGUGGGAAGAGCUUCCAGUACUCCCACAACCUGAGCCGCCACGCAGUGGUUCACACGCGGGAGAAGCCUCAUGCUUGUAAGUGGUGUGAACGCAGGUUCACACAGUCCGGAGACCUUUACAGACACAUUCGGAAGUUUCACUGUGAGUUGGUGAACUCAUUGUCUGUCAAAAGCGAAGCACUGAGCUUACCUACUGUCAGAGACUGGACCUUAGAAGAUAGCUCACAAGAACUUUGGAAAUAAAAUUUUUAUAUAUAUAAAUAAUAUAUAUAUAAAUCUAUAUAGUUGUGGUACAGUCUAAAAGCAAUCUUGUUUCCUUGAACUGAAAGUUUGGCUAUUAGCUUGUUUUUGCACUUUAAGGCAGCAUGAAUAUUUCACUAAUUUAGCACUCCAAUAAAAAUGAACUGUAGAGGUAAUCCAACAAAGUAACUAAUUGCGGAGCGUAUUUUUCCCCCUUUUCGGAAUAGAAGCCAGCGGAUACUUUACUUCUAAGGAAUCUCCAAUUCAAAAAAUUUGGAUGUGGCUUUAUUCUCCCCAAAACACUGCGUUCUUUUAAACUCUUGAUCUUUUUCCCCUCUUAAAAUCUGAAUGUAGAAAUCCUCUCCCAAUUUUGUCAGUUCCUUUACAUUUCUAUAAUUGCAUGAGUCCUUUCUAGCUGUUGGAAACCUGAAUGCUUUUAGACCCAAAUGGAAAAUUUCUGAAAUGCUGGAUUAUCUAUUUUUAAACAAGCGGUUGACUUAAAACUUACUAUGGCAACUUCUGGAUUUCUGACAGUUCCCACUGGAAAAAAAAAAACACAAAAAAACCAACACAAAAACAUAAAACAAAAACCCUGAGAGUACACUGGGAUCACUGGGACUCUGUCUUACGUGAAGGUUUGCUUGGGAUGAAAAAGGAUAUUGCAGCUUCAGCAGUGAUGAACUGUGUGUUUAAAAAUGUGAAUUACUGUUAUUGUAUACUGUAAUUGAUUACAUGGGCCGGGGGGGAGGUAUCAAAGAACUUGGCAGGUUGUGUUGAUGCUCUUAGUUGAGUCUUGAAAAGUAAAUAUUAACGCUACAGAAAUGCAUGAUUUUCAGUAUAUUUUUGUCUUUGUUUGCAUUGUAUAACUUUAACGAGUGAGUUGAAAAUUAUUUAAUUUCCUUAGGAAAAAAUCCUGACACCGUUGAAAAUGCCAGUGUUAUGAAGACGAGAAAUGCACUGUUUUUAUUUUAUCUAAUUUAAAUUUACUUUCCCACUGUCUUUAAGUUGAGAAGAACUUAAGCUACGAGUUGCCGAUUUAGCUACGUUAACAAGGAGAAAAAAUUUGAAUGUUUACAACCAGGCUUCGAGAUUUGCAUGUGCGGUGUGCAUUUACUAACCCCAGACCCCUUCUAAUUGCACAGACCCCACGCCAGCUCCAACUGAGGUGUGUCCAUUUCCCCAGAUGAGCAUUUGUAGGAUUCCUGCUGCACCACUCCACCACAAUAGGUCGUUCUUUUUUUUUU